UUUCGAAAAAAUUUCAAAAAAAUUUCAAAAAAAUUUUUUUCAGUUAGGCCUGCAGCAACAAUCAAUGCGCCGUUCCCCCCAAAUUACCCGUUUUGGACGUAUUCUUUUAUUCUUACCUACUCUAAGAUUGGUAGCAGACCCCAAAUUAAUUGAAGCAGUCUUUAUUAAUUUAGCUUUUGAUAAUAAACCAGUGAAUAAAGUUUUGGAAACUUUAUUGGCAGAAAUAUAA